AUGACAAAGCCUGGACGGCGAAAGCUCGACAAACAAACAUGGCUGUGGACGGACCAUGUCAGGGAUAAAUUCUGUGAGAAGAAGCAGUACCACGCAUUUCUUAUCGAAAAGACAGUCGACAAUUGUCAGCGCUAUCAGAAAGCGAAGAAAGAGGCGAAGAAGGCCGUUGCGUCUGAGAAAGCGGCUCAUUAUGCCGAUCUUAAUAGGAAACAUGAGUCUCGUGAUAGUGAGCGGUACAUUUACCGACUAGCAAAGACAUGCAAUUGCCAGACCGAGGAUAUAGAAAAGUUGUUUGGCAUAAAUGACGAGAACAGUCACUUUUUGACGGACCGCAGGUAA